GACCCGCGGCAACCUCCCCCAGUUCCAAUUCCAUCCGCCUCUGCUCUCCGGCAACUUGUACAGCGGACAAUCCAACCCACGCCUCCCCAUCCCCUUGUUUCCAUCUUCCUUCCCAUUCUAGUACUACUACAAGAGAGCGGAGAGGAGGACAAGCCAGCGAGAGAGAGACAGAGAGACAGAGAGAGAGGAGAAGAUGGUGCACCCGGUGGCGGAGGCUGACGAGCGCAGCCCCUUCGGCCGCCGCUCCCCGGAUGAGUUCUACGCGCGCCACGGCGUGGUGCACUCCACCUCGUCCUUCGUCAACCCGCGCGGCCUCCGCAUUUUCACCCAGCGCUGGGUGCCCCCGGGGGAAGGCCCCGUCCUGGGCGCCGUCGCCGUCGUGCACGGCUUCACGGGCGAGUCCAGCUGGAUGGUGCAGCUCACCGCCGUCCACCUAGCUGCGGCCGGGUUCGCCGUCGCCGCGCUCGACCACCAGGGCCACGGCUUCUCCGAGGGCCUCCAGGGCCACAUCCCGGACAUCGGGCCGGUCCUCGACGACUGCGACGCCGCCUUCGCGCCCUUCCGCGCCGACUACCCGCCCCCGCUCCCCUGCUUCCUCUACGGGGAGUCCCUGGGGGGCGCCAUCGCGCUGCUCCUCCACCUCAGGGGCAAAGAGCUAUGGCGCGACGGCGCGGUGCUCAACGGCGCCAUGUGCGGGGUCAGCCCCCGGUUCAAGCCGCCGUGGCCGCUCGAGCACCUCCUCUGGGCCGCCGCCACCGUGGCCCCCACCUGGCGGCUCGCGUUCACCAGGGGCAACAUCCCGGAGCGGUCCUUCAAGGUGGAGUGGAAGCGGAAGCUCGCGCUGGCCAGCCCGCGCCGUACCACGGCGCCGCCCCGUGCCGCCACGGCGCUGGAGCUCCUCCGCGUGUGCCGCGAGCUGCAGGGGCGGUUCGAGGAGGUGGACCUGCCUCUCCUGGUGGUGCACGGCGGGGACGACACCGUCUGCGACCCGGCGUGCGUCGAGGAGCUGCACCGCCGCGCGGGCAGCGCGGACAAGACGCUCCGUGUCUACCCCGGGAUGUGGCACCAGAUGAUCGGCGAGCCCGAGGAGAACGUCGAGAAGGUGUUCGACGAAAUCAUCGCCUGGCUCAAGGCUCGCGCCGCCGCCGCGGCCGCCGCCGCCGCCGCCGCGCAGCAGUAGUUUGGGCACGCGCCCCGUGUGCGUGCCAUGACCGUGGGCGUGGUCCAUGGCGGAUUCGAGACUUCUACUUUCUAGUACGAGUCCAGCAAUAAAUUGUGCUGAUUAGUGAGCUUGGUUGGACGAGAUCUGAUCUCAUGGUCCCGAUCCAUCAAUCUUACUUGAUUCUUCGAUGAACAAAUUUCUGUCAUGUUCA